CGCUAGCAAGUUUGGCCGCUCCGAGCCCUGCGCGCCUCGGGAUGCAGGCGCUUUUCUCCUGCCUUCCGCACGCCCCGUUUCGGGGACCCUCGGGAGCGAUGCCGAUGGAUGUGAUCUUAGUUGUGUGGUUCUGUGUGUGCACCGCCAGGACAGUGCUGGGCUCUGGGAUGGAUCCCGACCUUCAGAUGGAUAUUAUCACCGAACUUGACCUCGUGAACACUACCCUGGGCGUCACGCAGGUGUCCGGACUGCACAAUGCCAGCAAAGCAUUUUUAUUUCAAGACACACACAGAGAGAUCCAUGCAGCCCCUCACGUGAGUGAGAAAUUAAUUCAGCUGUUCCGAAACAAGAGUGACUUCACCUUUGUGGCCACUGUACAGCAAAAGCCGUCAACGUCAGGAGUGAUCCUGUCCAUUCGGGAACUGGAGCACAGCUAUUUUGAACUGGAGAGCAGUGGUCUGAGGGAUGAGAUCCGCUAUCAUUACAUACAUAAUGGGAAGCCCAGGACGGAGGCCCUUCCGUACCGGAUGGCAGACGGACAGUGGCACAAGCUCGCGCUGUCAGUUAGCGCCUCUCACCUCCUCCUCCACGUUGACUGCAACAGGAUUUAUGAACGUGUGAUAGACCCUCCUGAGACCAACCUUCCCCCAGGAAGCAACUUAUGGCUUGGUCAGCGCAACCAAAAGCAUGGCUUAUUCAAAGGGAUCAUCCAAGAUGGGAAAAUCAUCUUUAUGCCGAAUGGGUACAUAACGCAGUGUCCGAACCUGAAUCGCACCUGCCCAACCUGUAGUGAUUUCUUAAGCCUGGUGCAAGGAAUAAUGGAUUUACAAGAGCUUUUGGCCAAGAUGACUGCAAAACUAAAUUAUGCAGAGACGAGACUCAGUCAAUUGGAAAACUGUCAUUGCGAGAAGACUUGUCAAGUGAGUGGACUGCUGUAUAGAGACCAAGACUCCUGGGUGGACGGCGAUCACUGCAGGAACUGCACGUGCAAAAGUGGCACUGUGGAAUGCCGAAGGAUGUCCUGCCCCCCUCUCAACUGCUCCCCAGACUCCCUCCCUGUGCACAUUGCUGGCCAGUGCUGUAAGGUCUGCCGACCAAAAUGUAUCUAUGGAGGAAAAGUCCUUGCAGAAGGCCAGCGGAUUUUAACCAAGAGCUGUCGGGAAUGCCGAGGUGGAGUUUUAGUGAAAAUUACAGAAGCAUGCCCUCCUUUGAACUGCUCAGAGAAGGAUCACAUUCUCCCAGAGAGUCAGUGCUGUAGUGUUUGUCGAGGUCAUAACUUCUGUGCAGAAGUACCUAAAUGUGGUGAAAACUCAGAGUGUAAAAACUGGAAUACAAAAGCUACUUGUGAGUGCAAGAAUGGUUACAUCUCUGUCCAGGGAGACCCCGCCUACUGUGAAGAUAUCGAUGAGUGUGCAGCUAAGAUGCAUUACUGUCAUGCCAAUACCGUGUGUGUCAACCUUCCUGGGUUAUAUCGCUGUGACUGUGUCCCGGGAUACAUUCGCGUGGAUGACUUCUCUUGUACAGAGCACGACGAAUGUGGCAGUGGGCAGCACAACUGUGAUGAGAAUGCCAUCUGCACCAACACUGUCCGAGGACACAGCUGCACCUGCAAACCGGGCUAUGUGGGGAACGGGACCAUCUGCAGAGCAUUCUGCGAAGAGGGCUGCAGGUAUGGUGGAACAUGCGUGGCGCCUAACAAAUGUGUCUGUCCUUCUGGAUUCACAGGAAGCCACUGUGAGAAAGAUAUUGAUGAAUGUACAGAGGGAAUCAUUGAGUGCCACCACCAUUCCCGCUGCGUUAACCUGCCAGGGUGGUACCACUGUGAGUGCAGAAGCGGUUUCCAUGACGAUGGGACCUAUUCACUGUCCGGGGAGUCCUGUGUUGACAUUGAUGAAUGUGCCUUACGAACCCAUACCUGCUGGAACGAUUCUGCCUGUAUCAACCUGGCAGGGGGCUUCGACUGCCUCUGUCCCUCUGGGCCCUCCUGCUCCGGUGACUGCACCCACGGAGGAGGAGUGAAGCGCAAUGGGCAGGUGUGGACCCUGAAAGAAGAUAGGUGUUCUGUCUGCUCCUGCAAGGACGGGAAGAUAUUCUGCCGACGGACAGCUUGUGAUUGCCAGAAUCCAAGCGUUGACCUUUUCUGUUGCCCGGAGUGUGACACCAGGGUCACGAGUCAAUGUUUAGAUCAAAAUGGACACAAGCUCUAUCGAAGUGGAGACAGCUGGACGCACAGCUGCCAGCAGUGCCGGUGCUUGGAAGGGGAGGUAGAUUGCUGGCCACUCGCAUGCCCCACUUUGAGCUGUGAGUACUCAGCCACCUUGGAAGGGGAGUGUUGUCCUCGCUGCGUCAGUGACCCCUGCCUGGCUGAUAGCAUCACCUACGACAUCAGGAAAACUUGCCUGGAUAGCUCUGGCGUUUCAAGGCUUAGCGGCUCAGUAUGGACCAUGGCUGGAUCUCCCUGCACAACCUGCAAGUGCAAGAAUGGAAGUGUCUGCUGUUCGGUGGAUUUGGAGUGUCUCCAUAAUAACUGAAGUAUUUAAAAUGGACUCAUCAUCAUGGGAGAAAAAUGGACAAAUGCCCAUCCAACAUGAUGAAGAACGGGAGUUGGCGUGAUUUUUACCACAGACAGUUACCAAAGUCUCCAUCUAAGGAAGGUGUUUGGGGGUUGCCUCUGGGACCUGACACUUUGCUCAUUCUUGCUAACUAGUCUAGGUGACCUACAGUACAGUGCAUUUCAGUCCAUGGUUGUUAAAGAAGUUGCCCGUGUUGUAAAUCACGUUUCCCUAAUCAGAUCAUUUGCAAAUACAUUUAAAUGAUCCCAUGGUAAACGUUGAUGUAUUUUUUGUUGUUGUUGGUUUAUUUUGUGUACUAACAUAAUAGAGACUCUGCUCCAUUUAUUUAUUUAUUUUUAAUUUUUGGAACAAAUUCUACAAAUAAAGUUGCCUGUUGUGAAAUUG